CCGCUGAUUGCUUGCUGCAGUCGACGUGCACCCCCUUCCAUCAGAUUCCGGACCAGCUGGGCCACCUUACGACCACGCGCAUCAUCCGCAAUACACCACUCGCCUUACACAUACUCACCCCUCCACGCAUAUCUACCUGCGGAUCCCACGGGAGACAUUCUUUGUCACAGACACCCUUACCAAUACGCUUUUACCGUGUCCAUCCGCUCGCAGAACACGACCGGCAACCGGACUGGACUGACCUUUGAGUUCCUAGUCCCCGCUAUCGUGCUUCGUUGAAUGUUGGAGCAUUGGCAGAUCUGCAAGGGUAUUAACAUUCAGCGCAAGAGGUGCAUGCCUUGGCCGUCCAUGAUCUCGAACAGUCGCCAGUCACCUAUAUUUCAACUUUACAACCCUCCCAGCAACCAGCGCCCAUCGUAGAUUACGUCACGUAUAAUGGAUACCCCUACCUGCCCCCCGCCGCGGGACGACCGCGAGAAGGAGAUUUUGGAGAAGCUGGUCGCGAUCCGCGACAGACUGCAGCUACUGAAGCAGGACCGCACCACCUACAUUCGCAGUCAGGAUGUUCUCCCACUGUACGACGAGACCAUCGAGCAGGUCCGCCAGCUCAACGAGUGCCGGUCGUCUGAUCGAAGGGAGGAGAACAGAGUGGACAGGGUGCUGGAAAGCUGUUUCCAGCUGCUGUCGCUCUUCUUCAUGACGAUCGGUCGAAACAACGAGGCUCCGGCCGCCUAUGCCUUGACGUCCACCAUUAGGAGACUGCUGGAUCACCUCACCGAGGUCGAUCUUUACUCGGCCAAAGACCUGGAGAGUCUGUCGCACACUCUAACGAAGCUGGCGCAUAAUGUCAAGUCCACCGAGAACGAAUACUCGCCAUACAUCAUUACUCUAUUGUCUAACAGGCUGGAGCUCUGUGAAAAGUCGCUGGCGAAUCUCAGAAAGCGCUUGGAACGUCUCGAGGAUCCACUGCCGAAGACCUACGAGAAGCUGAUCUCUAUUCUGAGGUCCAUGUCUCUGGCAAACACACGAUCCAAGUUCUCGUCGUCAGAAGUACAAAAGCUUCAAGCUCAAUUGCGAGAGAUCGAUGAACAGAGCAAGGAUGGCAAAUUCGUUACGGCGGAUGGAAAGGCUCCCGCCGGGGGCGAAGAAAUGGCCGCACUACUGGAGAAAUGUCUGCAAUGGUCCGAUACUGUGCUUGAUAGAAAGGGAGUGAUCCCCGACUCUUUCCGACCGACAUACGACGUUUUAUUUCGCAUCCGCAAUGAGCUUGAGAAGCUCUCUAUUACGCAAGCAUGGUCUCUGCGUGAGGCGGAUCUCUUUGACUUCCAGCGGCAGCUGGACAAGAUCGACGAGAGCAGAGUCAACGGCAACUGGCUAGAUGAUGAAGGCAAGCCUGCUGAACUCUAUGUUCAGCGUACGCUCCUAUACCUUAUUAGAAGAAGCUACGCCUACAUCUACUCCCUCAUGAUAUCCUCGGAACCAGUGUCGGAGGCUUUGCUACCGAUCUACAACCAGCUGCAAACGCUGAAGCGAUGCCUGAUCGAGGUGAAGAACAGCGGUGGCGUUCAAUCCGUUAGAGAGCUGUACCCCUACAGCAUGAAGCUUCACUCGAUUGACAACAUGCGCCAGGACGGAAAAUUCAUGAUCAACAACGAUAUUCCCGAGGGGCAGGGUAGUGUCAGUGAACUUCUGGCUGAGUGUUUCGAGCUCAACUACGAGCUCAGGGUCGCCGCUGAAGAGCAGGCUGAGGCUUAAUGACGGGUGGGGAUAUUGGGUUUUCGGGGCGUAAGCGGAAUAGCGGCUGCAUUAUGUCGGCCUUGGGUUCUCAACUGGCCACUGGGACUGUCAGGACCACAGUCUAAUGGGAAAGGUAAACGGGACGAGGCAAACUCAAGUGUAUU